UCUAUCUCCAUAUUGCAUACGUCAUCGCGUCGCGCCGAGGUGCAUCUCGACCCGCAACAAAGUUUCGCCGCACCCCGUCAGCCGCAUGCCCCCUAUCGAUUACCAUCUACUUUUUUCCCAACAGUUGUCGCGCUAUAGCUACAAGACCACAUAAAUCAUGAGCAGAUUACUACGGAUACCCCUCGGCGUGCUCGUUGUGCUGUCGUGCGCGCUCAAUGCCUCGGCGCAUGGUGGCGGCGCCCAUGAGCAGAUCGUACUGGACGAUAACGCGGACUGGGCGACGAAACAUAUGGCUGAGGAACAUCACAUUUCAACAUUCGACGCCCUUUCAUUCUUCAGGCUUCACGACUACGACUCCACUGGCGUCUGGACGACAGAAGACAUCCGACGGACGUACGGCCUGAGAGACCCGUCCAGUGCGCACAUCUCCGAGCUCAAGAAGCAGGGCGUAGUUGACACCGUGCUCGGCAUCUACGACGCCAACAAGGACGGCGAGAUCACGAGUGAGGAGUUCGUUUCCAAAUGGGAUGCUGGCGAGAAGUUGCCCGACUUCGGCAUGGGUCCUGGGCACCACGGAGACGACGAGUACGAGUAUGAGAUCCACCAUUGGGAGAAGUAUCACAGCGGGGAUGACGUCAAGGAAGAGGAUUUGAAUCACCCGGAGGACAUUGAGCAUUUUGCUAAGCAUGACGAGAUGGAUCGGAGGCGGGAGGAGUGGGAGAAGAUGGAGUGGAAGGGCGUGGUGGAGAGGAAUAUACCCGCCAAGUUCAGGAUCAAUUGAACAUAAUCCGAUGUGAAAGAUAUAUCUUAUGUCCAUUGGGUGUGGCGUUAGGCGUUCGAGUAGAAAGAGAUGGACUCGAGGCCAUCCAUCGAAACGCGCAAGAACUGU